ACUGCUUUCCUUGUAGUAAGCCUGCCGAGGAUAACGAGUUACUUAAAACUGCAAGUUGAAAUAAUUUAUUCAAAUUUUCGCCUAAUGGACAAAGGGAAAAAAGACAAUGAAUCGCAGUCUUCCACUGCAGAAACCGUCCCACUUCUCGGCAAGAGAGAGCCCGUAGAUCUUUACACAGAGCCAAGUGCAUGUGCCUCUGAACCCACAUGUGGACAGGAGUUAGCAACUGCGGGAACUUAUGAAAGAGCCGAAGCAAGUCCUCCUGACAUAGAAGAAACCAUGCUGGAAGCGGACAUUUCAAGAAAACGUCGAGAGGUUGAGGAGGAACUGGCCGAGAGCAUCAACAGCUACGAAGGGAUGGCGGAUGUGAUUUCCCCUGAUCAAGGCUGUGGACUCUUUUACGGUAUCUGGCUCUGCGUGUGCCAUUGUCUCUCGAGUUUCGGUAUUCAAUUUCCACUUCAUGUUUUAUUGCUUGUUCUGCCAAUAUCAGCAGGAUUUAUGGGUGCCAGAUACAUGACCGAGUGUCCCAUGAGUGCAAAGUUGCCAUAUGCCUUGAUGGUUGUUGGAGGAGUGGGUACUCUAGUCCUCCUCGUUCGCCUCACUUUGCUCCUGCACACGAAGUUCUCGAGCGAUGAUCGUCUGAAAAAGUGGUUGAAAACUGGAACAAAACUCCUAGAAUGUGCCUUUCUUCCUUCAUUAAUCUGUGAGCUGUGCUUCUCUUACAAGAAGUCUCCCAAUGACGAUCCAUUUUCUUCCAAUCAUUGCAACCAGAAUUUUUACAGUUUUGUUAGUUUGAUGAAUAACGUGUUCAUCACUCUGGUCAUUGGAUGGAUUUUUUUGUACUGCAUCACUGGACAACGGUGCUUGCGGAGGUCUUCAACGCCAUAAGAAUUCAUGCUUUUCUUUGAAAAUAUUUUAAUGUAGUUUUUCAUUUCUUAGCUUAAUUUUUACUGGAAUUUCCUUUACGGUUUCUGUAAGAAAAGUUUUUUUUAUUAAAACGU